AUGAAAUUGUUCCUUUUCGUAUUCGCUUUGAUCUUCGCUUUGGCGUACGCUUCACCAAGAUCUCACCGUGGAUCGCCACCGACUGGAAGUCCCCCAACAGGAACACCCCCAAGUCGUCCACCACAUCCACCACAUCACGGUCCACGUCAUAGAGGACCUCGUCCAAGUGGUUCUCCACCAACUGGAACACCGCCAACUGGAACUCCACCUUCUGAUGAAUGA